GGACACCGGGGACAGCACCGGGACAAACCGGGACAGCACCGGGACAGCACCGGGACAGCGCCAUGGAACCGCAGGGCCGGCACCACCCCUGGGUGCUGCUGCUGCUGCUGCUGCCGCCCGUGCGAGCCGCGGCCGCCGCUCGCCCCAACUUCGUGGUGGUGCUGGCGGACGAUUUGGGGUACGGGGACCUGGGCAGCUACGGGCACCCCUCGUCCGCCACCCCGCACCUGGACCGGCUGGCGGCCCGCGGGCUGCGCUUCACCGACUUCUACAGCAGCGCCGCCGUCUGCAGCCCCUCCCGCGCUGCCCUGCUGACCGGCCGGCUCCAGGUGCGCUCCGGGAUCUAUCCCGGUGUGUUCGACCCGGGCUCCCGGGGGGGGCUCCCGCUCUCCGAGGUCACCGUGGCCGAGGUGCUGAAGGCUCGGGGCUACGCCACGGCCAUGGUUGGCAAGUGGCACCUGGGCUUUGGCCAGAACGGCUCCUUCCUGCCCGUGCACCAGGGCUUCGAUCACUUCCUGGGCGUGCCCUACUCCCACGACCAGGGUCCCUGCCAGAAUCUGACGUGUUUCCCACCCGACACCAAAUGUUUCGGGACGUGUGACCAGGGCGUGGUGCCGCUGCCGCUGCUCUGGAACCAGAGCAUCAUCCAGCAGCCCGUGUCCUUCCCCGACCUCGUGCCCCUCUACAACAAAUUCUCCCGGGAUUUCAUCGCCGACUGCGCCCGCAGGGGCCUCCCCUUCCUGCUCUACUACGCUUCCCAUCACACGCACUACCCGCAGUUUGCCAGCCGGGAAUUCGCGGGGCGCACGCGCCGGGGACCCUUCGGGGACGCGCUGGCCGAGUUCGAUGGCUCCGUGGGACACAUCCUGCAGGCGCUGCAGGACAGCGGGCAGGACAACGCCACCAUGGUGUUUGUCACCUCUGACAACGGCCCCUCCACUCUGCGCAUGGCACGCGGUGGCAGCGCCGGCCACCUCAAGUGUGGCAAGGGCACGACCUACGAGGGCGGCAUGCGGGAGCCCGCCGUGGCGUAUUGGCCGGGCAGGAUCGCUCCAGGAGUGACCCAUGAGCUGGCCAGCACCCUGGACCUGCUGCCCACGCUGAGCGCCCUGGCUGGAGCAGCCCUGCCCAAGGUGGCCCUGGAUGGGUUCGACCUGAGCCCGCUGCUCUUUGGCUCGGGGAAGAGCCCUCGCCAGGCCGUGUUCUUCUACCCCCCGAACCCCGACCCGCUGCACGGCCCCUUCGCCGUCCGCCUGGGCAAGUACAAGGCUCAUUUCUUCACCCAAGGUUCCUUCCACAGCAGCACCACCCCGGACCCGGCGUGCCAGGGGCUAACUCCGCUCACCCCACACUUGCCCCCGCUGCUCUACGACCUGGAGUCGGACCCCGCGGAGAACUACGACCUGCUGGCGGGGCAGGCCAGCCCCGAGCUGCUGCAGGUGCUCAGGGACAUCACCCUGCAGAAGGUGCUGCUGGAGCAGCGCCUGCAAUUCGGGGAGAGCCAGAUCAGGAAGGGCCGGGACCCGGCGCUGCAGCCCUGCUGCGCCCCCAACUGCAGCCCCAAACCUUCCUGCUGCCGCUGCUCCCCGCACUGAGCCCGCAAAACUUCCUGGCCCCCAUCCCAAAUCACCUGGAUCAGCCUUGGAGGUCGGAGGGACCCCUUGGAGUGAUGGGGAGCUGGAGUGAAAUGGGGUCAGGGAGAUCCCAAAUGCGUCAGGAGUGUGAGCAGGGCCCUGUGCUCCGUGUGGGACGUUCCAGGUGAGGCUUUGGGCAGGAUCCUGACCCAUUCCAGGUGGGAUCAAACUCCAGAACCUUCUCCAGAGCCAGGACAGCUCCUGGGAGCUGCGAUCCCGCUGGAGCAGAGGGAAUGUCCCGGAUCCAGGGAUCCCAAUCCUUUGGGAUCUGGGGCAGAGCAGGGACAGUGGGAUGGGGCAGCAGCUGGUGACAGAGGGGACAGCCCUGGGUGGCAGCAGCAGCUCAGGGUGGCACCUCCAGCAGCUCCACAGGGCUUCAGGACUCGCAGCUCCAGCUGUUCCCAUUCCCGUCCCUCAGUGACUUUUCCUGGGACUGGGACCCCUGAGGCUGGGCUGGAGAAGUUUGUCCCUCUCUCCAUCUGCCAUCCCCUCCUCAUCUCCCCCUAAACCAGGCCCAACCCUGCUCAUUCUUCCCAAAUUGUCCCAUCCUUGUUUUUCCCUGAACUGGGCUGAAAAUGUGGAUAAUGGAUGUCCUGAUUUUGGCCACAGGAAUAAUUUUUUCCCAGUAGCUGGGAGUGGGGCAUGUCCAGGACCCCAAACAUUGCCAGGGGCACGGGACUGUCACUUCCAUGGACAAGGACAUUAUUUCCAGUGGGGAUAGAAGUGGGUGUUGUCAGGGGUUCUCUAUGUGAAUCACUGCUUAUUAAUAAUGUCUCAUUAAUUUUUUAUUAAUAUUGAUGCAAAGAAUGGUUUGAUUCCUUAUCUCAUGGCUGUUUCCAGUAAAUUGUUUUUAACCCCAGUAAA